AUGGAAGGAAUAUUGAAAAGAUUAAAAAAUCUUUGGCUGAAUAGACAAAUGGCUCAAUUUGAGGGACAAACAUAUAGCAUUGGUGAUUUUGUAAUACGUGCAGCUAAUGCUUCAAAUUCACCACAAAAAGGAAUGUUAAUUGAAAUAGAAUAUUUGCCAACACUCAAUUAUAAAUCAGCAAUACCCUUAUUAAAAGAAUUUAUUACAAUUUUACUACCUGAUGUUAAAACUUUGUCAUGGAAUCCAGCAUCUGAAAUGGAAAAUUUUAAAAAAGUUGGAUUAUCAGAAACAGAUUUCUCCAGAACACAUACUGCUCAUCAAUAUAUUAUGUUAUUUAAAAAUAACAGUAUUUUGUAG